GUAAUCGGAUCCAGCGGUUGUGGUUUUUCAUCUCCAAGAUUUUUCAACUAAGAUAUAUUCUUUCAACCACCACAAUGCCUCCUUCUAGCAAGAGAAAAGCUGCGGCCCCACCUAGCCCUUCACGUGCCAAAUCAUCCUCUGACCCUCGUUCUGCUAAAGCUAAAACAAAGGAGAGGGAACAAAUAGCCUUGUUCAAUAGAUAUGCUAAUGAUGGUGUAAUUGACCCAGAUGGAAUAAUGGCACUUUGCAAGGAUCUGAAAAUGGAGCACACUGAUGUCAGGAUAUUGAUGUUUGCUUGGAAAUUGAAGGCAGCAAAGCAAGGUUAUUUUACCUUGGAUGAGUGGCAAAAUGGCCUUGAAACCUUACAGGUUGACACUUUUUGCUCACUGAAGAAAGCAGUUUCAGAACUGGAGAAAGGGGUUAUUAAGGAGCCAUCACAAUUUGCGGAUUUUCAUGCUUUUGCAUACCGCUACCAUUUAACGGAAGAGAGGCAGAAGUUUAUAGACAUUGAGACCACCUGUGAAUUGCUAAAUGUUGUUCUAAGAUCCCAAUUCUCUCACCAGGUUGAUUCGUUCAUUGAGUAUCUAAAGGUCCAAACUGAUUACCAGGUGAUAAGCUUGGAUCAGUGGGAGAAUUUUCUUCGCUUUUGCCAAGAGGUUAGCUUUCCUGAUGUUGAGAACUAUGAUGAAACUCUAGCUUGGCCUGUGAUCCUUGACAGUUUUGUCGAAUGGCUGAGAGAAAAGCAGUAGAUGGUUUCGACUUCUGAUUCUGACUCUGCUUAUUUACACAAGCACUUUGCAGAAUCCCUUACCAUUGAACUUAUAAUGGACAAAUACAUGGAGACAGCACAGUUAACUAUUCUCUGCAAUACAUAUAUAUCAAUUGUUUCUUGAUAUAUCUCCAUUAAACUGUUUAAGUUCAAAUCGAGUCCAAAAGACAGUUUCAGUUUGAGUUUUUGCUGUCAGACUAAAUUUUCAAUUUUAAUUGCUAAAACAUAUUCUAUGACA